AGCCAUGGAUUUUAGCGGCGAACCUCAUCACAACAUUCUGCUUUACUGCAUAAUCACACGGGUUUAAGGAAAGUUUUGAAAUAAUUAACGUUUAUCGAAGUGAUUAGAAUAGUUUUCGCAUACAGAAUAUCGUUCAGAAAAUCGUCCAGAUAUCUGGUUAGGGGAAAGCCUUGGUCAUGGGGUUGACGAAGCAGUACCUGCGCUACGCGCCCAGCGCAGUGUUCGGCCUGAUCGGCGGUCAGAAGGCGAACGUGGUGUUUGUGCGGCUGAGAGGAGGAGAGCAGGGCCGCUAUGUGGCUGUAGGAGCCUGCGAACAUGUGUUCAUAUGGGAUGUGCGCAAAGCUGAGAAGAUUCUAAUUCUUGAGGGGAAGAAGCAUGAGGUAACAUAUCUCUGCCCUUCUCCUGAUGGUAUCCACAUAGCUGUGGGUUAUGAGGAUGGCAGUGUGCGUAUCUUCAGCCUUUUAAACGGUGAAAGCAAUAUCUCUUUCAACGGACACAAAUCUGCUAUCACAGUCAUGCAUUAUGACACACUGGGAGCGCGGCUUGUUACUGGAUCCAAGGACACAGAUGUGAUUGUGUGGGACAUAAUAAACGAGUGUGGAUUGUACAGGCUCAAAGGACACAAAGACGCCAUCACACAAGCUUUGCUCUUAAAGGACAAAAAUUUGCUUGUCACAAGCUCAAAGGACAGCUUUGUAAAAUGGUGGGAUUUGGAUACCCAGCACUGUUUUAAGACAAUGGUGGGCCACCGCAGUGAGGUGUGGGGAAUGGUUCUGUUGAACCAGGAGUCCAGGCUGCUGACUGGAUCUGCUGACAGUGAGCUCCGAGCCUGGGACAUCGAUUACCUAGAGGAGAGUAAAGAAGUAGGGGAGCCACAGCAGAAGAAAGGAAAAUGUCUCCUUGGUGCUGAUGAUGAUGAUAAUGAAGAAGUUCCUAAUGAAGAACCAGAAGAUAGAAUCCUCAGCUGUACGAAAGCUGGCUCUAUUCUGAGAGAAGCCAGAGACCGGGUUGUGUCCUUGAUUGCCGAUCCCAAAGCUAAAGUCUUGGCAUGCCAUGGCCUUGAUAGCACUUUGGAGAUCUUUGCUGUGCUGCCAGAGGAAGACAUUCAGAAGAAAAUGGAAAGAAAGCUGAAAAAGGCCAAGAAGAAGGCCAAGUCUCAGGAUGGUGGUGCAGAUGCAACAGAUAUAGUUGUGGAGUGCAAGCUGACCGAUGAGAUCCAAAAGCUGGCCAGUAUAAAAGCCUCCUCUAAGAUCAGGUCGGUGGACUGCCUUCUGUCUCCUAAUGGUGAAAUGAAAGUGGCUCUGUUGCUGCAGAAUAACACAAUAGAGACUUUCAGUCUAAAGACAACAGAAAAGACCCCUACAGGCACCAAGACGUCUCGACUCACCCUGGGUGGCCACCGCACAGAUGCCAGGACAUUGUCUUUCAGCUCAGACAACAUUGCAAUCCUGUCUGCUUCUGGAGACACUGUCAAAGUCUGGAACAGGGCUACGUUGCAGGUGAUCCGCACCAUGACAUGCGAGUACGCGCUCUGCUCACUGUUUGUGCCUGGAGAUAGACAGAUCAUUGUGGGAACUAAGAGUGGAAAGAUUCAGAUUUUUGACUUGGCCUCUGGCAGCCUGCUGGAGACUGCAGAAGCUCAUGAGGGAGCUCUGUGGUCCAUCUGUCUCUCUCCUGAUCAGAGAGGAAUUGUAACUGGAGGAGCAGACAAGAUGGUGAAAUUCUGGGAUUUUGAGCUCAUAAAGGACAAAGAAUCAGGAGCCAACAAGAGACUGACAGUGAAACACACUCGCACACUACAGUUGGAUGAGGAUGUGCUGUGUGUGCGCUUUAGUCCUGAUCAGAGACUGUUGGCAGUGUCUCUCCUCGACUGCACUGUGAAAAUAUUCUACACAGACACACUAAAGUUUUUCCUGUCUCUGUAUGGACAUAAACUGCCUGUGCUGUGUUUGGACAUUUCACACGAUAGUGCACUGAUAGCCACUGGAUCAGCAGACAGAAACGUGAAGGUCUGGGGUUUGGACUUUGGUGACUGCCAUCGCUCGAUGUUUGCUCAUGAUGACAGCGUAAUGUUCCUUCAGUUUGUCCCCAAAACCCAUCUGUUUUUCACAGCCGGAAAGGACAGAAAGAUCAAACAGUGGGAUGCUGACAAGUUUGAACACAUCCAGACCCUGGAGGGACACCAUGGUGAAGUGUGGUGCCUGGCCAUCAGUCCCAAUGGAGACCACGUUGUCUCUUCCUCUCAUGAUAAGUCCCUCAGGCUUUGGGAGAGAACCAGGGAGCCUAUCAUCCUAGAGGAGGAGAAAGAGAUGGAAAGAGAAGCAGAAUUUGAAGAAUCUUUAGCCAAAGGAGAUGAGCCCGUGGUCCCUGGUGAGGCCAAAGGCGAGGCUGAACCUGCAGGGAAGAAGACUAUAGAGACAGUCAAAGCUGCGGAGCGCAUGAUGGAGGCACUGGAGCUGUACAGAGAGGAGAGCAAGAAGUUGGAGCAGCACAAAGCUGCCUGUGAGGCAGCAGGAAAGCAGUUACCUCCACCAACGAUGAACCCAAUUCUUGUGGCUUAUGGAAGUAUUUCACCUUCUCGCUAUGUUCUGGAUGUCAUUAAGAAGGUCCGGUCCAGUGAGUUGGAGGUGUCUCUACUGGUGCUGCCGUUUCCAUAUAUCCCUGAUCUUCUUCUCCUCUUAAACACUUACAUACAACAGGGCCUGGAGGUAGAGUUGGUCUGCCGCUGCCUCUUCUUCCUGCUCAGAAUCCACUUUGGGCAGAUCACCAGUAACCAAAUGCUGCUGUCAGUCAUUGAUGAGCUGAGGACAAACACAAUCUCCAAAGUGCGGGAGAUCAGGGAUUUGCUGGGCUUUAACAGCGCAGGCCUUCAGUUCCUGCAGCGGGAGAUUGAGAGCAAAGAAGACGUGAUGUUCUUUGCUGAUGCCACAGAUCGCUUUGAGGAGAAGAAGAGAAAGAGGAGAAAGAGAGAGCGGGCCAUUCUGACCAUCACAUAAAUCAGUUCACAGAAAACAACAUCAUAUGUAGAAAAUGUCAAAAAAUAGACUUUUUAUAGGCUUGGAUAUGAAUUGUAACUGUUUGUUCCCAUUUCUAAUUUUUCUAAAAGAUUUCAGUUACAAGCC